AUGGAGGUCUCCCCUCCUCCGCCGUACGCGCAGCUGCCUCCCGACCCUGCCCGCGCGAAGGGGGGCGCGUCACGAACGCCGAUCGCGGACGGACGCCGGGCCGCGGCGCCCGAGUCCGAGGAGGGAUUUCCGCGCUGGGCGGGGCUGGGCCGGGGACGCGGCGGGCGGGCGGCGCUGCGCACACAGCCCUCGCGGCGGGCGGUGGGGGCUCCAGGCGGGGCGCGGGAUCGCUGGUGUUAG